AUGAAGCCCCGGGACCUGCUGGAGCGGAUCAGGCGGCCCUUCGCCUCCCGCCGCGGGUCGUCGGCGUCGGCGCGGCGGGAGGAGGAGGACCUGGAGGCCAUCGCGGCGCGGGAGCAGCGCGCGUUCCGGUACGAGGCGCUGGCGGCGGCCACGCGCAACUUCUCGGAGAAGCAGAAGCUCGGGCAGGGCGGGUUCGGCCCCGUCUACCUGGGCCAGCUCCCCGACGGCCGGGACGUGGCCGUCAAGCGGCUGGGCGCCGGGUCCAGGCAGGGCGCGCGGGAGUUCAAGAACGAGGCCAACCUGCUGUCCCGCGUCCAGCACCGCAACGUCGUCAACCUGCUCGGCUACUGCGCCCACGGCGCCGACGAGAAGCUGCUCGUCUACGAGUACGUCCCCAACGAGAGCCUCGACAAGAUCCUCUUCUCCGCCGCCGCCCCGCCGCCCACCGCCACCGGCAGCAGCAGCGACGGCCACAGGCCAUUGCGGGCGGAGCUGACGUGGCCGCGGCGGCUGGAGGUGGUGGUGGGCGUGGCGCGGGGGCUGCUGUACCUGCACGAGGACGCGCACACGCCCAUCAUCCACCGCGAUAUCAAGGCCAGCAACAUCCUCCUCGACGAACGCUGGGUCGCCAAGAUCGCCGACUUCGGCAUGGCCCGCCUCUUCCCGGAGGCCGGCGACGGCCGCUCCCACGUCCAGACCCGCGUCGCCGGCACCAACGGCUACAUGGCGCCCGAGUACCUCAUGCACGGCCACCUCUCCGCCAAGGCCGACGUCUUCAGCUUCGGCGUCCUCGUCCUCGAGAUCCUCUCCGGCCGCAAGAACUCCUCCUUCAUCCCGCCGCCUCGAUCCAGCGCCGACAACCUCCUCGAUUACGUAUGCCUGGAAGCUGUACAAGGAGGAGCGCAGCAUGGAGCUGCUGGACCCGUCGGUGAAGUCGUCGGCCGCGCCGGACCAGGUGCUCAUGUGCGUCCGCAUCGGGCUGCUGUGCGUGCAGGCGGACCCGCGGCUGCGGCCGGACAUGAAGCGCGUGGUGAUCAUCCUCUCCAAGAAGCAGAGCACGCUAGAGGAGCCGACGCGGCCCGGGGCGCCCGGGUCGCGGUACCGGAGGAGGGCGCACGGCCUGCGCAGCUCGUCGCAGUACUCCGACGGGUCGUCGUCGGGCACGACCCCGUCGACGUCGCAUGCGUCCGCGUCCGCGUCGGCAUCGGCAUCGGCGUCGAACGCGAUGACGACGUCGAGCACGCGCACCUUGCGGAGCCGGGGGCUCCCGUCGCAACGGGAAGAGCAGGAGUUGCCCAACGACAGCUGAAGCCUGACUGCCUGAAGCUCACUGUAGAUAUGUCCAUUCUUUUUCGUCUCGUCUCUUUUCGUGUCUGCUCGGAGAUUCUAGACUAG